AUGCAAGAAAAGAUGACCAGUCCAAUUGCGCUGAGUUUUGGAUAUGUUAGAGUUCUCGACCUGAGGAACAACUUUCGUGAAGGAAGAUUUGUGAAACGAGCACUGGAAACUGACAUGCAAGGCCAAAUCCUUGCCUACAGCAGAAUACCAGGCAGAGAUGAACAGCUUGUACUCACAGUCAGUUUGAGCUAUACUGCUUCGAUUAGGCUGGAAUUUUUAUAUGUUUUUGUAGACGAGCAGAGGAACGACUUUGAAGAAGUACGUUUUCUGGUUCGAGCUACAGAGGGUGCAGUUCUUAGCCUCUGA